CUUCUUCUUCUUCUUUUUCUUCUUUUUUUAUUUUACAUUUCUUCUUCUUCAUUGCUGUCUCUUCAAUGACAACUUCUACUGCCAACGAUACAUAUAGUGUUCAAGGUGUACAGUCCAAAUUCCAGGAGGGUCUGACACGCAUUGACAAGGAGUUGUCGCAGUACAAAUAUGCAAAUGAGCUCCAGAGACGUACUGGUAUUCCCAAAACCUAUUUUGUUGUAGCUGGCGCAGGUGUUAUAUUUUUGAUGAUCUUCUUCAACCUCGCUGGCCAAUUGUUGACCAACUGUAUUUCAUGGGUCUAUCCUGCAUACGCCUCGUUCAAGGCUAUUGAAUCCCCUAGCACAGAGGAUGAUAAGCAGUGGUUGACUUACUGGACCGUCAUCGGAUUCGUUCAGUUGGUCGAAUACUUCUCUGACAUUCUGUUGUACUGGUUCCCCUUUUACUAUCUCUUCAAGACCCUUCUUGUUCUCUAUCUUGCUCUUCCCCAUUUCAGAGGUGCCGAGACUCUCUAUGCUCGUUUCCUCCGUCCUUUCCUUCUGAAUGCUCAGUCUGAUAUUGACCGCCGCACUGAUUCUAUCCGUAACAAGGUUGGAGAGAUCGCCACCGGUGUAGCCCAGUCCGCAAUUCCCAAGAGCAAUUAAAGCACAUAGUCAUACAUCGCAUGCAUGCAUUCGUUCCUCUAUCUCUAUCAAUAAAUACAUAAAUAAAUACAUAAAUAAAUAAAUAAAUAAAAGGGAAUGACCAGGAAUAAUAGUAAUAAUGA